UCUGUUUUUGUCAGAUAUUUCUGUUUAUCUGCGUGUGUUUUUGGUUUUGCUGUCGGUUUAAUCAUUAAAUUAAAUCAUAAAUAUAAUAAAAGUUCUUUAAAAUGAGUAAUAUAUACAUUCAGGAGCCUCCAACAAAUGGCAAGGUUUUGAUAAAGACCUCUGCCGGUGACAUUGAUGUAGAGCUGUGGUCCAAAGAAGCUCCCAAAGCAUGCAGGAACUUUGUUCAACUCAGCAUGGAAGGUUACUACAACGGGACCAUAUUCCACCGUGUGGUGCCAGAAUUUAUUGUACAAGGCGGAGAUCCCACUGGCACUGGGACUGGAGGAGAGUCAAUUUUUGGCCGUCCUUUCAGGGAUGAGUUUCACUCCAGAUUACGCUUUAACAGACGAGGUUUGGUGGCCAUGGCCAAUGCAGGACCGCAUGAUAAUGGAAGCCAGUUUUUUUUCACUCUGGGCCGAGCCGACGAACUCAAUAACAAACACACCAUUUUUGGAAAGGUAACAGGUGACACUGUGUAUAACAUGUUGCGGUUAGCAGAGGUGGAGUGUGACCGCGAUGAGAGGCCACUGAAACCACACAAAAUUCGAUCUACAGAGGUCUUACACUCUCCCUUUGAUGAUAUCAUACCUCGUGAGAUAAAGGGAAAGAAGGAGAAAUCUAAAGAGGAAGGAAAAAAAUCUCAGUCCAAGGCAACAAAGAAUUUCAGUUUGCUGUCAUUUGGUGAGGAGGCUGAAGAGGAAGAGGAAAUGGUCAAUCAAGUUAGCCAGACCAUGAAAGGAAAGAGCAAAAGCAGUCAUGAUCUUCUGAAGGACGACCCCAAGUUAAGCUCAGUGCCAGUUAUUGACAGCAAAGCAACCCGGGGAGAUAUUUCAGAGGGAUCUGAUGAAACAGAUCAGGAUGAUGAUGGUGAGGAUGAUGAUGGUGAAGAUGCUUUAAAGAAGGCUAAAAUUAGGGAGAACAUCUCAAAAAAACUCAGAAAGGACAAGAUAGAGGAGAAGAAGUCUGAAGCCAGUGAGCAUUCGGAAAAGAAAAGCAGUCGCAGUGAUGAACUUAGGAAAGAGGCACGACAGCUGAAGAAAGAGCUACUAGCAAUCAAGCAACGAAAGGAAGAGAAGACAAUUCCUGAGGACCACAGUGCAGAUGAGAAAAAGCCAGCCAAUGAGGCUGUGGCUGAGUACUUAGAGGAAAGAAAGAAGUACGAGGAUAUGAGGAUGCAGAAACUGAAAAAGGGAUCAGGUCGAGAGGCACAGACGCUCGCGCUUUUGGAUCGCUUUAAAUCCAAGCUGUCAUCAGCUAUUUCUGAGGCUCCCGAGACAUCUGAAGAUGAGUUGGGAGAGGACGAUGAUAAAGGAUGGAUGGCCCAUGUACUGCAGUUUGAUGAACAAACCAGAAAGGUGAAGGAUGCCAACAUGCAGGAUGAAGACACAUUCGAGAUCUAUGAUCCACGCAACCCCGUCAACAAACGCAGACGAGAGGAGAGCAAGAAGCUGCUUAAGGAGAAGAAGGCCAAGAGGUGAAGCUGAGGGUGUAGUUUCUGUCCUGUCUUGCAUCCAGCGCUCAUCUCCUUCCUAUAACUGCCUUGAUCUGGCUCUGUUUGUGAUGGACUGAGUACUUGGACAUCAGUCAGCAUCAAGGUAAUGUCCUUGAGUAAGACAUGAUGAUGAGAGGAUUUUUAAAAGGCUGCUGUUGCUAUGCGGUAAGUUUUAUAAUAGAAGCACCUGUGAGAAGCCCUUUAGAAUGGAUUUAGAAUAAAUGCAGACUCACUUCCACCAAUAAAGGAUUUCUUUUCUAAA